UUAGAAUUAGAAUUAAAAACAUAGGCUUAAUAAAUUAAUAUUAAAAGUUGGUAUGUUAUGUGUUUAGUGGACCAAAAUUUGUUAAGAUGUAUAUAUAGUUAAUAGGAUUGGGUUCUUCGUGUUUUAUACGUAAAUAUAUAUAUGUACUAGGAUUAUCAGACGUCCAGAUUUUAAACAUGUACACUAAUAAUACAGUUUUAAAAAAAUUAACUUAAACUGUUAAAAGAUAGCAAAAGAAAUGCGUUGGGCCAAAUACUGAAAUACUCAAAUAGGCUCUCCAAUCCACGAAACUAAUCUUAAAGAACAAACUUAAAAAUAUACCUCAUAAUUGAAAUAUUGAUGAACUUGAAGCUUGCCCUUAAACUUCUUCAAAUUUACUGCUGCGCCACAUCUGAGAUUGAAGACAAUCCAUUCCAAAGGCGAACCACCUCGCCCUGUUCGGAAAACAGUCUUGAGACUUUAAGUUUACUGAAGAUGUCUCCUACUAGUACUAGGACCUACCUUCCCCAAAAUUAUCAUUCUAGCCAACUUAUUCCCCAUAGCUACAGAAAACAAUCUUUAACAAGCCUUUUGUGUGCCACAUAAGCUGUAACCCGUUCAAUUAAUUACACAUUUUAAAAUAGACAUGACAGAAAUUUUCGAAAUAUUCAACUCUGAAGUAUUACUAAUACUAUCUCUGAGACCCACUACAUACCACACGGUAAUCAAACAACUGGACAAUUGGACACCUAAUAAUUCUAAAGUAUUAGAGGAGUGUUAAAACUUAAAAUUUUGCAACAUAUUUAAAAUACAUAUAAAAUUCUUUGAUAGAUAUAUAAUACUAUAAUGGAGUAAAUUAAACUGGUAUUGGUAAUGUAGUAGGAGUAGACAUAUACAGGUCAUAUGAUAAAGAGAAAAUUUAAACUGGUAAUAUAGUAUGUCUAGAUCUAUACAGUUUUAUAUGCUAUCAUAUAAUGAAGUAAAUUAAAUUCGUAAUGUAUUAGGCCUAGAUAUAUACAGGUCUUUUAUAUGCUUAUAGCAGUUAUGCUUAUAUAGUGUUGUACAUGGAACAUAUCUGUUGUAAUUAUUGUUUUAUUUUAUAAUAAACAAGUAUCUAAAUACCCUACUUCAUCAUUUUUUUAGGUGUCUAGUUGUCCUGGAUUUUUACCACACACUGUUAUUUUCUAUAGAUUUUCUAUAGCACCAAUUUGUCUCCUCUAGAGUUCAAAUAACACCAAAACAUUUUCAAAAAUAUCUUUGUUUAACUUUCUAUAUCUGCAAGAAAUUAAGUUUUUCUAAAAAUUAAAUAAACUAUAUGUUAGAAUUAAAUGUGAUAAAUUUUUUUUCUAGAUACUUGAUUUACCUAUUUGAAAAAGUGGCAACAUUGUACCAUGACAUGAUUUCUCUUUCGAAGUAUGGCCUAUUCACAUUACUUGAAAUCACCACUGGACAUGUUUAACUUUGUUCCUGAGAGUCAUGAAAAAGCCUUGAAACAAGCAUUUUAUAACACAGCUGCAAUACUCUUUGUUGUACUUGCCUUUACUGCAGCUGUUGCUGUAUAUUUUGUUUUCAAGCCUUUCUUAGAACCACUUCUGUGGGCUGUACUGUUUGGAUCUGUUCUUCAUCCAUUCAAGCAGACGUUGACUUUGCUUCUUCGUAGAUGGCUCAAAGGACUUCAUGAUGAUAAAACCCCUCUUGCCUUUGGUUUGGUUGCAUGCCCUUUUAAAGUAAUUGACAACAUAUCUGAAAACAUAGGUUAUUUCUUCUUAUGUGAUAUCAAGGUGUUUCUUGGACUUUGUAUUGGCUUGCCAGUGGUAUAUCUUAUAUAUAAUGCAUUACCAGAAAAUUCUCCUGUUCAUUUAUGGAAUGGAAUAGUAAUAUAUUUCCAGCUUGCUUCAAAUACCUUGGAUUUCUUCAGUAAAGCAGGCAUAUUGGUGUGUACUGAGAAUGUAGAAGAGGAUGACUCAUCGAAUGUCAUCACCACUACACUGAAAAUUGCAAGUGAAUCAUUGGCUGGUGUAAUUCCACCAGCUGAAGGAAAUGAACCACCAUCCAUGAGUGAUGAUUCAGAAACUUCUACUAAAAAAAAAGUUCCAUCAGUGACUCCUAAUCUAGAUGAAGUGGCACAAGAUUUCACCAAACCCUCUUUUCUUCGAACGUCUACACCAAAAAGAAGUGAAUCAAGUAGAUCCAUGAAGAAAGAAAAAUCAAAAAUGAGCAACUUAUGCUUGUAUGCACUUCUAUGGGGCUGUAUUCUGACUCAAAUUUGGUUAAAUUUAUGGCUUUUAAACCUCCUGCCAUUACCAGUGAUUUAUAUUGUUGGAAAAAGGUUAGGAUCUCACUCUGGGUUGUUCGGUUUCAUCAAGAGAAAAAUUGCUACUGGUUUAGAAGUUGGAAAGAAGUGGUAUGAAACUAGGAAGGAAGUACUUAUGCCCACACCUGUUCGAGGUUUAGGGAAGAUACUUGUACAAGGUGACAAAAAGGUUCUCACUGUGUUGGAAAGAUCCAUCGAUACUUUCACUAGUAUCGGUGUCAUAUUAUUAGUUUUGAUACUUGCAGUUGUUGGGACAGUUUUCCUCUCUGUUCAGAUUUAUGGUGAAAGUGUACAUCUUGUUGAUGUGACUAGUAAUCUCAUCAACAGAGUUAUUGUUCACAAUCCAGAACUGCAACAGUUGUUACCAGAGAAACUGCAAGAUGUUCAGGGAACACUGGACUCUGUGGUAGGAAAUGCUUAUGUUUAUGGAAGGGAGUGGAUUACCACCAUGGUGAAAGAGUUUAUUAAUGAAAAAGAUGAAUCCAGAGCGAAAAUUGUUGAGGAGCAGAUUCUGGAAGUCUGGGACCGAAUCUAUCAUAUGUGGAAAACUAAAAAUGCCACCAUUGUUCUAUCUUCACAACAUGGAAUGUCUUGGAAUGACCUAGUAGAUGGAAUGAAAACAUUAAAUCUUACCCUUAUAAUCAGUUAUAUCCAACAAAAUAUUGGCACUUUGAUAUCGGUAUUAGAAUCUGUUUGGACAGUUAUUAUCAAUAACUUCAGUCUAGCAUUUAGUAGCCUGACAGCAAUCUUCUCCUUACUGUUUGGAGGAGGAACAGCUCUUCUGAAUUUUCUUCUUGAUUUCGUUGUAUUUUCAACAGCUUUAUUUUACUUGCUGUGUGCUAGUAAUACUUGUUACAAGCCUGUGGAACUAGUCAGCAAGCUGCUGCCAUCUGGUGGAGCAGGUAACAAAGUAGGAGAUGUAGUGGAACAGUCCAUAAAUGGAGUAUUUGCUGCUUCUUUCAAGAUGGCUAUGUUCUAUGGUCUGUACACAUGGCUGAUUCACACCAUUUUUGAUGUUAAUAUCAUAUAUAUACCAUCUGUUUUAGCUGCCAUAUUUGGGGCUGUCCCGUUUCUUGGUGCCUAUUGGGCUUGUCUACCUGCAGUUUUGGAGCUGUGGUUGGUGAAUGGACAAAUAUUUCGUGCAGGGCUCAUGUUUAUUGGGCAACUUGCUCCUUCUUCUUUUGUUGACAGUGCCAUCUACAGUGAAAUUAAAGGGGGUGGUCAUCCAUAUCUCACAGGAUUGGCUAUAGCUGGUGGAGUCUUUUGUUUAGGGUUCCGAGGUGCUUUGUUUGGACCAAUGCUUCUGUGUUUAUUGAUGGUCGCCAUCAACAUGUACAGUUCAGUAAUGCAGGGAACAUCUGGUACAGAAUUAGGACCAGGUAUAUAAAAAAAGAUAAACAAAGAACCUCCAAGUCAGUUCACAAGAGAGGUACAACUGGACUUUAUCUUGACACCCUUUCUUUUUUGAGUGUAGAAAUUAUUGUGCAUUAAUAAGUGCUCAUUAUUGUAGUUGCAUUUCUGUGAGGCAACAGAUUAGUCAUAAUUUUGCAAUGAUUUCUUUUUUGACAGUUUUCAAGUGUGCAAUUAUUUUAUGCCUUAAUUAUAUGUGCAUUUAUAAAAAAAAAACUUUCAUUGUCUAGUAACAUGUUUGUUGUAUAGUACUGUUAAUAAUUAUGUUCACCCGUGUCAUGUUUAUUGAUUCUGAAUAUUUUCUUUAUUCAGUUGUAUGAUUAUUGGUUCUAGAGUAAUUCUGUGUCACAUUUUAUACUCAUUGGUCCUUUUACUAAUGCUGUUACUAAAAACAUAUAUUUUUGAUAAUAUUUUUUGCUAAUUUCUAUAGUAAACUAUAACAUUUUAUAAUCCUCCUUGCUAUGACAUGCUAAGGAUAUUGAUUUGAUUAAUGUCCUCAGAGAUUAUUCUUAUUUUUAUUUUCGGUAUACUUUUAAACAUUUAAAUGAGUAUAUUAUAUAUAUAAUUGUCUUUGUAUGAAUUUAAAGAUUGUGUAAGCUUAAAUCGUGUAAUUAACUACAGCUACAAGUGUUUCUCUGCUUUCCGAAUAUGUUACAUUUCUUAUUUUUGAUUGCUGACUGACUUUUUUUUUCACAUUAUAGUCAUUCACUUGGCUAUGGUUGAAUAAUGAGAAGUAAAAAUGAAGUUUCAACUGAUAUUGUAUUGAAAAGAUUAGUUUGAUUUGUGUAAGUUUUUAAAUUGUUAUUCAUUAUUCACAUACAAAAUUGGAUCCUCUUUUGUAGUAAUUUAGGUAGAACAGCAAAAUAAAAAAUAUACAUUCUGAAAUGAAGUACUAAAUAAUUUAAAGCUAUUUCAAAUUAAGAUAAAGAUAUUUAAGUGUUUUUUUUUAAAUAAAACCCUCGUUUGUAAUGAAAAUUCAUCUGUCUUCAUGGCUAUUAAUUAUGUAUAAAAUAAACUAUGGUUAAUGAUGGUGAAAUUCAAUCUGUCUUCAUGGCUAUUAAAAAUAAACUAUGGUUAAUGAUGGUGAAAUUCAAUCUGUCUUCAUGGCUAUUAAAAUAAACUAUGGUUAAUGAUGGUGAAAUUCAAUCUGUCUUCAUGGCUAUUAAAAUAAACUAUGGUUAAUGAUGGUGAAAUUCAAUAAAACAUCCAUUUUUCCUAGAUGGUGAAGUUCACAGUGGCAAAUAUUUCACAAUGUUUUAUCAAUCAAUCACUGAUUUAUUUUGUAAAAAGUAAAAUGCUAAAAUUAAGGAAAACAUUUUGUAAUUAAACUUGUCAACACAGUAAUACUCUGUAUAGCACUAAACAAAUCAGCUCUAAACAGGUUCAUUUUAACAUUACAUAUAUAGAGAUAUGUAACUGAAUGCAUUGUUUCUUACCUGCGAAUGAUGUAUAAAUGUUUAAUUUAGGUACUGAUAAAGUUAACGUAAAUUACUCACUAUCAUAUAGUCAUCUAUGGAAAAGGCAAAUUUUUAUUAGCCUUCAGUCUUGUUUGGUUACAGAAAAUCAAACCCCUCCUGCCAUGCUCACCUGUCCCAUCCUCUCUUUAGGAUCUCUCAGUACAUGUAGUUCUUUCUUAUGUUUACGACUAUAUUAGUUAUAACCAAUAGCCUGUCAAAAUUUUUUAUCUAUCAAAUGACGUAUUAUAUUACGUUGUUUUCUGUACAGAACUUUGUAGAUCACUUCCUAAGAAAAUGUUUUUUCCCAUGGGAAGAUAUCGUGUAGAUGGAUGACGUUUUAACGGUUCAUGUGGCAUCGCUAGAAACGCCAGAAAAUUUUUGAUAGUUACAGGACAUUGUCUGAUUUUUGCAUAUUGUUAUUGUAUGUUCUUUUUGCAUUAUGUUAAUAAAUAAAAAUUAUUUAAUGCACUACUACCAUUAGUAUGAAAAAGUAGUGUUCAGAGAGUUAUGGAUUUUAAUAAUUUUUUUUUCUUGUGUAAAAAUAAAAACAUCUCUCAAGGAGACUAGAGCUCUAUAUUGAAUCAGCUUAAAGUGGGGUCUUCCUGUAUUUUUUAACUUCAUGUUAUAAACUUAUAGAAACCAGUUUUCAUUAUGAUGUAUAAUGUAUGAAGUAUUUAACCUUAGUCAGCGAUGCUUUCUCCUCAUUGUCAGUACUAAUGAGGAAAACAUUUAUAGUUCAGCAAAAAGAUUCAUAAAUAAGGAUUGCAUUCAUUGUUGUUUAACCAGAUGUUAGCCUUCAUCUUUUUUGUGACUUGAUAUUUUAAUCUAAGCAUAAUAAAUUUUUUUUUUUAACAAUUACAUAUUUUACUUGAUGUGCUAACAUUGUAAUGUUAUCAUGUCAUUAUUCAUAGCUUCAUUUAGUUUUGAUCACGUAUAUAAAACGUUUGGUUUAGUGCCCUUGCUACAAUUGCUUCUUUACACAAGUAACUAUUGCAUAGAAUGCUUUCCUGGAUACUAAAUGUAUACAGAUAUAAAUUUCAAUAAAACUUCUCUUAUUUUUGUCACAGAUCUUUUUUGCUGGAUGUACAAUUUUUUUUCUGUAGUAAAAAAAAAAAAAGACUUAUUUUUUUUAUAUUUUUACUGUGCAUAAAUAUUCAUUGUAAGUUUUACUUUUUAUUGUUUUCAUUUAUAUGUCCAAAAAUUUCAGUGUAGAUGAAACUGUUAAUUAAAAAUAAUGAUUUUUCUUUUGAAAGUUAUGAAAGCAAAAAAAAAAGAAAUAACAAAUGUUAGGCCUAAGUAAUAAGCCACCAGCUUGGUUACUCAAUGAUACAGACUAAUUUACUCAGUUAACUUAUUUUCAUUACAAUUUCAAGUUAUUAUUGUAAAAAAGGUUAUUUUUCAUAAACCUAAUGAUGAUCUGUGACAAGUGUGAAAGUUUUCAAGUUUUCCGUCCUCUUUCAGUCAGCUUAAAAAAAUUAUAAUUUUUGCUAUUGACAAAUAAUAUUAUAGUAAUCAUUGUAGUGAAAAUCCUGAUUGAAAGUUAUCUGAAUAUUUUUGUAAUGAACUGUUUAGACUAUGAACAAAGAACAAAAUGAUGUUUCCGUAAUUUGUUUUUAUACUUAGUAGUAUUUAUUCUUGCCUUUUUAAUAAUAAACUAAUUUGUUUUUGACAUUUUUCCUAAUGUACUAAAGAAUAUGAAACAAAUUUCAAAAUAUUAAAUUUUUUUGGUGGCUGAUGUACUUAAUUUUAAUCAGCACACAUUUAAGAAACUAUUUUUACUUCACUAACUACAAUUUUAUUUUAACUAAAAACCUAAUUUUUAGUAAUCCUUAUCUGUACAACCAUAAUGAUUUUGUUUAAAUGUGUUUGCAAUGUUUUACAGAUUGUUAAAGAUGGCUUUUGUCAGUGGCUUUUCUUAUUAAAUAUGAAGUGUUAUUGCUUUCAAAUUGUCAAGCAUUUUUCAAAGUAUGUUUUUGGAUGUGUAUUGUUUAUUGUUAAUUAAUGUACUUGAGAAUACAAUACUGAUAAAUUUUGCAAUAUUUUAUAUAUAUUUUCACACACUAUCAGUUGUUUCAGUUGUGAUUGGCAGAGUUCUUUAGGUGCUGUAGUGGUGCUUUAGAUAAACAUUACCUCAUUCAAUCUGGUAUUGAAACCUUAUUUACAAGCUAAAGCUUUAAGCUGAUUAGUAUGAAUUUUUUUACGUUUUGAACAUCGUUUCUGAUUUGUGUCAUGUGUUAGUGGUAUUAAUAUAAAAUUACCAGAACUGAAUCAAUAUCAUUAAUCUUUCUAUUAUUGGAGCCUAAUGUAAAGAAAGUAAUAAAAAAAAAUCUUAGAAAUGGUUCCAAUAAGAAGAUUAAUUACAACUUGAAGAAAAAUGUUAUAAAAUAAAAUAAAAAAUGUUAUAAAAUAAUAAUGCGACACAUCAAGAAAUAUAAAUGACAGUUUUUAAAUUGUUGGUUUUAAAUUUUCUCAAUGAAAUUUUAAUCUUUGGCUACUUAUGUAUUUCCUCUUCUCGUUGAAAUUUUUCACAUAUUUUUGUAGAAUGUUCGAUUAUAGAAAUCGUACUCCAGUUUUAUUAUUAUACUGGAACAUUUAACUUUCCUCAAACAUGUAAUUAGUGGAGUGUCAUCUGGAUGGGAAAGCUAUUACAAUACAUAUGUGUUUAUUCUUCAACUUAUGUUUCUGUGUAUAUUUGUUCAUGAAAAUAGUCAUGUUUUCAAAUAGUCUGUAAUUGUAUUUGCUUUGAUAGCUUGAAUAUAUAAGGAAUAAAAAUGUUAUUAAAUAAUAUA